AUGCAAGUUUGGCGACCUUCUGUUCACGGAAAAAUGAAAUGCAAGUAGAUUCAGGUCGUUGGACAGGAGAUCGUUUCCUAUCGCCGACUUUUCUCAGGAACGAUGAUUUUUAUCUUCUUUCCCCUCCCCCCUCCCACUUGAUCUUUCAAAAUGGAAAUUAGCUCAGCUUCUCUUCCUAGAUGUCCUUUAGACUCAGACCGAUUCUUCUAAAACUUUUUUUCUCAACAUUUUCAAUUUUUCGUUAAUUUCCUGAAAACGAAGCUUUUUUUCCGCAAGAUUAUAGGAAAAAAAUUGGAUAUGCUAAAUAUAUUCAGACUGAAAUCAAGUCAAAAACCGUUUUUUUCCCUCAUCAGCAACAUAUUUGGCUCUAAUAAGAAAAAGAAAAAAUAGAAAAAUAAAAGUUGCAGAAAAUAGCUGGGCGAAGGAAGAGCGCGUUUGCGGCAGUUGGUCCGCGUCCGCGGAUUGGCUUCGCUCCGGAAGAAGGCGUCAGCGACGACGACGAGUUCGGGCAGCUAAAUAGGUCUGUCUCUCCAGAAAAAAGAAAUAUGACCAAACUUCUCGACCAAAACUUAUUUCGAAAAUGCGAGAGGAAAGCGAGAGUAAUGUAUCAAAACACGAAGGAAAGACAGAAACGUCGAAUAAGAGGAUUAUCUCUGAGCGAAACAGGGCACUGUUCCGUGAGCGAACAGAACAGACGCAGAGCAAACAAGCGCCGUCGGCAUUUUCCUUGCCAAGUUUUGAUUCCCACGUCGUUGUGCCGGACGAGCAGAGAACGCAAGAAAGCAGUCAGUGAGGCUCGAAAUGCUCAGAAGCGCUUUUUAUCUUUUUGUAUCGAGGCAGCGACGGUUCGCCUCGACGCCAAUCAGAGUUUUGAAAGAGGCUGAGCGUCGCUAA